AAGCACGCACACUAAUACAGGUCAAACUUAAAAUCUUACUCCUCAAUCCAACGGCUACGAAUCCUGAAUCUUAGAUGUACUGUACAUUCCGUACACCUCACCGCACCUAACCAUUUUAUACCUCUCAAUUUAAAACCCGCCACUCACAUUAAACAACCUCCUAAACAAUUUCAAAAACAGAACCAUGGAAACGUCGUCGUUUAAUCAUUCUUUUUUCCCGGCUACACUUCCGUCGUUUCUCCUCCUCUUCCUCACCGUAAACCUCAUCGGAAAUUUCAUAAUUUUCCGGUCAUGGAAAUCAUCAUCACAUUUAGGAGCUAGCUGCUUAAUGUCACUCUUCCACGGCACACCCGCCGUCGUAAUGGCUUCUCACGCGCUACUCACAACCCCACGCGCCACCGUACACUCAUUCGCUUCACCCAACACCGCCGUGGAGUCAACCGUACUCGAUUUCAGCAUGGCUUAUUUCACCGUCGAUCUUUUCCACUACCUAAUCUUCAUCCCUAACGACUUCAUCUUCAUCCUCCACCACAUCGCCACGCUCUACGUCUUCGCCACGUGUCGUUUCGCCGUCGGUCACGGAGCUCACGCCCUUCUCCUUCUCUUGAUCCUCGCCGAGGCGACGAGCGCGUGUCAGAACGCGUGGACGAUCGCAGGGUAUAGGAAACACGACGUCGUAUUGGCGAGGAGAGUGAGAGAGCUACUGUCUCCGCCUUUUUACUUGUUUUACACGCUUGUUCGUGGAUUGGCUGGUCCGGUGGUUUUGUACGAUAUGGCUGCGUUUUACGGCAGCGGUGCGGCGGAGGGAGUUAUCCCACGGUGGGCAUGGUUGUCGUGGCUUGUUGUGAUUGGUUUUGCUAUUUUGGUUAGUGUUUUGUGGGUUAUACGUAAUUGGGUUGAUUGGUUUAGAGAGAAAAACAACUCUUACAAGAAAUUUAAAUGUAAUGAUUAAUUAUCAUUUGAUUGAUAGAAAUGCUGUAAAUUUAGUAGUGAACUCUUACAAAUUUGAUUGUAUUUGUGUAAAUGUGUUAACAAUUAUUGUACUUUAUGUGGUUCUAAAUGUGUUAUUUGUA